UGGGUGGAAUGGCAUAAGAUAAAAACUAGAAGUGUAGUUUUAAGAAAAGUGCAAAAAGUUCCGAUCAGCAGUUAAUGAUUCAUUUAAGUGCGUAAAAUGUCGAAAGAGCAACUACUGCCACAAGAUGAUGAUGAUGUUGAAAAUGCCACGGAUAGAAGGAUGCAGAUGCAAAGAAGCAAUGUGCAAGCAGUACAAAUGUUUUUGCUCACCACAUUUCUGUUACUCUUUUUGGCUGGCACAACCCUGCACCCAAAGCCGUUACUUAGAUCCUACCAGUCCAAGCGGGAUGACAACAAAUACGAGUGCAACUUAACGCUAGUGGAGUCCAUUCCCAUUGGUCUUAACUUUACGCCCGGCAGUGUAAAGUUCAUGAGCACCUAUGAUGCCUGGCAACAUUUGUUGGACAAUACAAAGUCCACUCUAGACAUUGGUUCUUUUUAUUGGACGCUGCGCAGUGAAGACACUGAAGGCAAUUUUAGCAGCUCACAGCCAGGCGAUGCCAUAUUUAAGCGUUUGCUAAAUAAUGGUAUAGAUGCAAAGUUCAAGCUGCGUAUAGCACAGAGCGCACCAUCGAAGGUAUCGCCAGAUAUGGAUACGCAGUUGCUUGCUAGCUAUGGCGCCGCUCAGGUGGUUACUUUGGACUUUCCGAAAUAUUUUGGUGGCGGUAUUUUGCACACAAAACUUUGGAUUGUGGAUGGACAGCACUUUUACCUGGGCAGCGCUAAUAUGGAUUGGCGUGCACUAACGCAGGUCAAGGAGCUGGGAGUGCUGGGUCAGAACUGUCCACAGUUGACUAGCGACUUGGCAAAGGUUUUUAAGGCAUAUUGGUAUUUGGGUAGCAAUCCAGAUGCACGCAUACCCAGUAGCUGGCCUUGGGAGUACAACACUAACUACAAUAAGGAACAGCCUAUGACUCUUAAUAUUAAUAAAAAAUAUGAAAUGCAAGGGUAUGUUUCUAGCUCACCACCGCCACUCUCGGCCACAGGACGCACACAUGACUUGGAUGCCAUACUAAACACUAUCAACACGGCGCUGGAGUUUGUUAACGUGGCUGUCAUGGACUACUAUCCUUUGUUGGUGUUUACAUCCAAGCAGCACUACUGGCCGGAAAUAGAUAAUGCCUUGCGCAAGGCGGCCAUAGAGCGUGGCGUAUCUGUCAAGCUGCUCAUCUCCUGGUGGCGACACUCUGACGAAAGCAUGAAACAUUAUCUGCGCUCACUGCAGGAUCUCUCCAUGCUGAGUCGAAAUGUUGAUAUACAAGUGCGUCUCUUCACUGUGCCUGCGGAUGCAGAGCAACUUAAAAUACCCUUUGGCCGUGUUAACCACAAUAAGUAUAUGGUCACCGAUCGUGUGGCAUAUAUAGGCACUUCCAAUUGGUCGGGCGACUACUUUACCAACACAGCGGGCUUGGGUCUGGUGUUAAAGGACACGCUGAAGAGUGCCAAUUCUUCCUUGCGUCGGGAUUUGCAUAAUGUUUUCGAACGUGAUUGGAAUAGUGCUUAUGCAUAUGACUUGAAAUAAGUUUAAGACUGUUAUGAAAACU